CUACGGAACCGAUACGGUAGGGAAAAUAUUUACAAUUGUUUUAGUCACAUGGUUUAACUUUUGACUCUGUCUACUAUUUCUCACUACAAACAGCAAGGCCUGUAUCGUUCCAGCGGAUGUUUUUCUUAUGACUUCUUCCACAAGAGUCCGCAUUCUUAUUGUGAACUGAUUUUUUUUCUUUUUUGUAUAACCGCAAUCAAAUCUGGGGUAGAUAAAUUUUAAAAUCUAUGGAAAUUGAUAGGGCAAAGUUGAAUCAUCAACCUGGCAUUUUUAAAUUAGAAAUAUAAGUAGUAUAUAUACCUUUCAUCAUCCCCUAAUUUUUUAGUAAUUUCAGAUUUUUCAUCUUAACUAUUUGAAACAUUUUUUUCAAUUUUUAUCUAUAUCAAUUUAUAGUACUAUAAUAAUGUCUUCUCCAUUUCCUCAAACUGUCGAUAAACUUAAAGGUGUUCAAAUCUUAGGUCCAAUUCCUCAAGAAGCUAAACAUAUCUUCAAUGCCGAGGCUUUAGGAUUGCUCGCCACUUUACAUCGUUCUUUUAAUGCACAAAGAAAGUUAUUAUUAGCCAAUAGAAAAGAACAACAAAAAUUAAGAGAUUCUGGUGUUUUACCUGACUUCUUACCAGAAACUGCUCAUAUUAGAAAUGACCCAACUUGGACUGGACCACCUUUAGCUAAAGGUUUACAGGAUAGAAGAGUUGAAAUUACUGGUCCAACCGAUAGAAAAAUGGUUAUUAAUGCCUUGAAUUCUGGUGUUGCAACUUAUAUGGCUGAUUUUGAAGAUUCUUUAACUCCUGCUUGGAAAAAUUUAGUUGAAGGUCAAGUAAAUUUAUAUGAUGGUGUUAGAAGAAAUUUAGAAUUUGAAACUAAUGGUAAGAAAUAUAAAUUAAAUUUAGACCCAAAGAGACAUAUCCCAACUUUAAUUGUUAGACCAAGAGGUUGGCAUUUAGAUGAAAAGCACGUCUUAGUUGAUGGUGAACCAGUUAGUGGAGGUAUCUUUGAUUUUGCUAUUUAUUUCUAUAACAACGCUUUUGAAUCAAUCAAGCAAGGAUUUGGUCCUUACUUUUAUUUACCAAAAAUGGAACAUCAUUUAGAAGCAAAAUUUUGGAAUGAUAUUUUCAACUUUUCUCAAGAUUAUAUCGGAUUAGCAAGAGGUAGUAUUAGAGGUUCAGUUUUGAUUGAAACCUUACCAGCCGCUUUCCAAAUGGAUGAAAUUAUUUAUCAAUUGAGACAACAUAUUGCAGGUUUGAACUGUGGUAGAUGGGAUUACAUUUUCUCUUAUAUUAAAUCCUUAAGAAAUCACCCAGAAUUUAUUUUACCAGAUAGAUCUUCUGUCACUAUGUCUGCUCCAUUCAUGUCCUCAUACGUCAAAUUAUUAGUUAACACCUGUCAUAAAAGACAAGUCCAUGCCUUAGGUGGUAUGGCUGCUCAAAUUCCAAUUAAGGAAGAUCAAGAACGUAAUAGACUUGCCUUGGAAAAUGUCGCUAAAGAUAAAUUAAGAGAAGUUACAGCAGGCUGUGAUUCUUGUUGGGUUGCUCAUCCAGCUUUAGUGCCAGUUGUUCUUAAAGUUUUCAAUGAACAUAUGAAGGGUCCAAAUCAAAUCAAUGUUCCACCUAAGGUUCCAUACACUCCAGUCACUGCUCGUGAUUUAUUGAGUCCUUUCGUUCCAGGUGGUAAAAUUACUGAACAAGGUAUCAGAACUAAUAUCAUUAUUGGUUUAUCUUACAUCGAAGCUUGGUUAAGAAAUGUUGGUUGUGUUCCUAUCAAUUAUUUAAUGGAAGAUGCUGCUACUGCCGAAGUAUCCAGAACUCAAAUUUGGCAAUGGGUCACUCACGGUGCUACUACUGAUAAGGGAGUUGUCGUCACUAAGGAUUUAGUAAAGAGAUUGUUGAAUGAAGAAUAUAAUAAAUUGGCCGGUUCUGCUAAACCAGGAAACAAAUUCAAGCAAGCUUUGAAAUAUUUCGCUCCUGAAGCUACUGCUGAAAGAUACAAUGAUUUCUUAACUACUUUGAUUUAUGAUGAAGUUACCACUAUUGGUAGAGCUUUGCCAGCAGAAAGAUUAUAAGUGGGUCUAUUCCCCGCGGAAAAUGAUCUAGCUAUUAAUUUCACCAGUUUGAAUUCACGGGGAUCCAUUUCUUCUUUUUAAUAAUCAUGUUAUGUUAACUACUUUAUUUAUUCAUUUAUUUAUAUGUAUUAAAAAUACCACGUUAUGUCAUGUUAAUUACAUCACAGUAUAG